AUGCCAUUCGGAUUGGCAAAUGCUCCAUCUAUAUUUCAAAGGACAAUGAAUAAAAUACUCGCAGAAGCUAAAAUAAAAUAUGCUUUAAUUUAUAUGGAUGAUGUUUUAAUUCCAGCUAAGUCUUAUUCUGAAGGAAUAAGUAGGUUGCGUGAGGUUCUAAGUUUACUACAGAAGGGGGGGCUUACCUUAAAAUUAAGCAAAUGCCAUUUCUUUUAUGAUAAAAUUGAUUUCUUAGGGUUUGAAGUUAGUGCGAACGGUAUAAGACCGGGCUAUCAAAAAACAUUAGCUAUUUCAGAAUUUCCAAAACCAAAAAAUAUACAUGAUAUUAGACGAUUUAUCGGUUUGACAAGUUUUUUUAGAAGGUUUAUAAAAAAUUUCGCGAUUAUUGCUAGGCCGUUAACUGACUUACUUAAGAAAAAUUUUUCAUGGAAUUGGACAGAUCAACAAGAAAAUUCAUUUAUUACAUUAAAAAGUAAAUUAGUGGAAAGACCUAUAUUGGCACUCUAUGAUCAAAAGCUUGAAACUGAAUUGCAUACAGAUGCGUCUAAAAUAGGUAUAGCUGGAAUCUUAUUGCAAAAAGGGGCUGAUAAUUUGUUACGACCCGUUGCUUAUUAUAGUCGAAAAAAUACUAGUGAAGAGCAAAGGAUGCAUUCAUUCGAACAAGAGACACUUGCGGUAAUAUCUUCAUUAAACAGGUUUAGAGUAUAUUUAUUAGGCAUAAAAUUUAAAAUUGUAACAGACUGUAGUGCCUUGCGUACAACAUUUACAAAACGUGAUCUUAUUCCACGUAUAGCGAGGUGGUGGAUUCAAUUUCAAGAGUUUGAUUGUGAAAUUGAAUAUCGACCAGGGAAUAAAAUGGGCCAUGUCGAUGCGCUUAGUAGGGGUCCUGUUAAUGAUUCUAAUCCGGAUACUGACUUACAAAUAUUAGACGUAUUAAAUUUCACCACUGAAGAUUGGAUAGCUACUAUACAGAAUAAUGAUGAGGAAAUUAAGAGAAUAAAGGAAAUACUGGAAUCAAAAAAUACUAAAGAUACCGUUGAUAUAUAUAAUAAUUAUCAGUUGAAAGGUUUACAGACCAACUGUAAGGUUUACAGAAACAUAGAUGGAGGUAUUAGAUGGGUUGUACCAAGGGGUGUUCGAUGGCAAAUUCUACGCAUGAAUCACGAUGAUAUCGGUCACUUCGGAUUCGAAAAAACUCUUGAACGCGUAAGAUCUACAUAUUGGUUUCCUAAAAUGAGAAAAUUUAUUAAGAAAUAUUGUAAUUCAUGCCUAGAAUGUGCAUAUCAUAAAGUUCCGGGAGUUCUGUCGUCCGUGUUGUCGUCCGUCUGGCGGUUUAUCGCAACCGCGUUUAUAUCUGCAGGAGAACCAAUAAUCGGUGGAGUAAGAAUUCAUGAAUGGAGAUCACAGUUAGGCUCACAAUUUGUGCCUGCUAUAAGAAGCGAUGACUUGCGUCGUACAUUGGAUACGGCAUUGAACCAAACA